UAUAUGAGGAUUUGUAUGGAUAUCGAGGGAUUGAAGGGGAUAUAAAGUGAUUUGAAGGGAUAUCGGGGAUCAGAGCUGAAAUAGGGUGAGAGAGGUAUCGUUGUGAAUAAUAUCUUAUACGUGGAUAAUAUCUGGUGAUUAAUAGCGAUAUCUGGGGACUUGGAGAGAUAUAUUUGGAUUUGGGGGGAUACCUGGUGGGUGGAAUAUGUGUGGAUUAACGGGAUAAUAUCUGAGAAUAGUGAUGUCUGGGAAUUUAACUCUCACCUUAAUCACCAAUAUACUUUAAACCUCACGAUUUGAAAAUACUUAAUCCCUAAAUCUCAUGUUAUCUUAAAUCCCCUUAAUCCCUGGUAAUCCCAAGUUAUCUCCUUUAAUCUAUUGAUUCAUCAAAAAUACUGAUUUAUAAAUGUUAUUUAGUUAUUAUUAUGUGAAUUAUUCCAUUCUGAAUAAUAUUUUCCAUUAGCUGUAGGUGAUAAUUCUGCACAUAGGUGAUAAAUAAUUCUGGUGAUAAUUCUGCAGGCUCCUGAGCUUGCGUUGAGACAAGAGCCUGAUCCUGAGCCGCUCCGAUCUGAGGCGGAGUUAGGAUAUCAAAAAAAAAUUUUUUUAUUCAUUUAAGUUUAUUUUAAUUACUUCUUCAUUACUUUCACCUCUUUUAUCCAUUUCUGUUGCUUUUUCAAUUAUUGGAUGGAUUGGAAUUAAAUUUAAUUCAAUCAUGCCCAUAAUGCCAUUUCUUGUUUUUGGUAUUGGAGUGGAUAAUGCUUUUUUAUUAAUACAUUCUUGGAGAAAAUGGGCUUUGAUUGAACAAAAGGAAUUAAACGAAAAUAAAGAAAAUAAUCAAAAAAUAGGUAAAAAUUUAAUGGAUUUAUUAAAAAGCAAGACAGUUAGAAUACAUAUAAAAGGGUUGGCUUGGAAGCGGAAACACGAUCCGGACUCGAAAAUUUCGAUCUAUUGA